AUGGCUUCCAGUCCUCUUGAUACUCAGACACGUCGCUUGCUCCACGGAGAGAUUACCUAUGCUGAGGCAAAGGAAAGUGACUCUAACAUCCUCCACGCGCUGGGUUACAGGGAACAGAAGCUCAAAUACUUCACCCAUCUAUACCGCCACCGCAAGGAGAUCGAGGCACUUGCGGCUCACCAUCUUGGCCUCGCCUCCGCAGAUACAUGUCACGCAGCUGAUGUGGAGGACUGGGUACAUGGCAGCUUCAAUGUUUGCAUCAGAGUUGAUGUUGAUGGCCACGGACGGAAUCCUGGGAAGCAACUAAUGAUGCGACUGCCCCUCCCGUACCGCAUUGGGGAGAACCGCCGUCCAGGUAAUGCGGAUGAAAAGGUCCGCUGUGAAGCCGCGACCUAUGUGUGGCUCCAAAUGAACUGUCCAACUGUUUCCAUUCCACAGCUCUACGGCUUUGGGCUGUCGACUGGCCAAACGUUCACCCUCGUGGACAACUUACCAUUUAUUCCUCGCAUCAUUCAUUGUCUACGCCAACAGCUGUUGAAAUGGUUGAAUUACCAGACUCCGUCACUUUACGUCCAACACCCAACCAAGAAUAUUCAGUUGCUCGGCACACCCUAUCUUCUGAUAGAGUACAUUGAUCCGUCAAGAGGGCGAAUGCUCUCUGAGACUUGGGCGGACGGGCGCCAAAAUGUCAAGCUGCGUACGAACCUGUUCCACGGACUCUCCCGCAUCAUGUUGGCUAUGGCUCGCGUGCCAUUACCGAGGAUCGGUUCCUUUACGUUGGACAGCCAGGGGUACUUGAGCUUGACUAACCGACCACUUACGCUUGAAAUCCAGCAAUUGGAAAAUGAAGACAUUCCCGUCGACAUCUCUCGGAGCACCACCCAUUCCACUGUGGAUUCUUAUGCCGCCGAUGUCCUUGCAUUCCAUGAAAGUCGACUCCGCAAUCAGCCCAAUGCAGUUCAUGAUCUUGAAGACGGCUUCUACCAGUUGUCUGCCUUGAUGGUCAUGAGAAGUGUGUGGUCUUGCUUUUUCCGCCGCGACCUUCUCCGAGGUCCGUUCCUCUUUAAUCUCACCGAUCUCAACCAGAGUAACAUUUUCGUCGACAAAGAUUGGAAUGUGAAAUACCUGAUCGACCUCGAGUGGGCUUGCUCUCUCCCAGCGGAGAUGAUCCACCCUCCCUAUUGGCUGAGCAAUCAAGUCAUUGAUAUGAUCAGCAUAAACGACUACGAGCCCCUUCACAGUGAAUUCGUACAGGCCCUUGCUGAGGAGGAGGAGAACGAGGGAAACAGCAAGCCGCCCAUCGGUCUUUCGUCCAUCAUGCAGCAAGGAUGGGGGAGAGGGACGUUCUGGUACUCUCUUGCCCUCAGUAGCCCGACAGCGCUGUUCAAGAUAUUCUACGACUUCAUUCAACCAAGGUUCUCCACCACUCACGACGAUCCUAAGUUCUGGCAGAUCACUAUGCCGUACUGGGGAUUUGAUGCUUUUGACUUCAUUGAACGAAAAGUCAAGGAUAAAGAGCGGUACGACGCUGCUCUGCGUGAAGAGUUCCUGUCCAGCUCGCCGCGGUAA